UCGAAUCAAAACAAAUGCACGUGCGUUGUUUGUAGUAAAAUGGAUGAGCAUGAUAUAUUUAAAUUGAUUACGGCAGGCGUACGCUUUACCAAGAAGCCCAAGAAGGAAACACCUGCCAAACCGCAGCCACAGCACGCGAUUACCAAGAAAGAGGAGCCGGUGAAAAGAGUAAAGUCAGAAGAGGAGGAUGACCAGGACUCCACAGAAUUCCGCCUGCUGGCUGAAGGAUCCAGCAGUCAACCCAAACGCAAGAAGACCAAGGAAGGGAAGGCACCCUCCGCCAAAGAACUAGAGCUGCUCCAGGCCGCCGAUCAGGCGAACGAGACCAGGCGACAGUUCGGCAUCAGUGUGCUGGGCAAAAGGGUCGCCCCACCGGUGGCCAGCUUUGAGGCCCUCACCCGGGACUUCAAGCUGCUGCCGCGCCUGCAGCAGAACCUGCUGGCCCGCAACUUCGACCGGCCCACGCCCAUCCAGAUGCAGGCGCUGCCUGUGCUUCUCCAGCGCAGAGCUCUGAUGGCCUGUGCGCCCACCGGAUCUGGAAAAACGCUGGCCUUCCUCACGCCCAUCAUCGAUGGACUGAGGGCGCACAAAACCAGCGGUCUGAGGGCCUUGGUACUGGCCCCCACCCGCGAGUUGGCCCAGCAGAUCUACCGGGAAUGUGCGGAACUCACCCGCGAAACGGGCCUGCGCACCCACUUCAUCAGCAAGGUGAGCGAGGCGAAGCAGAAACACGGCGCCGAGUGCAAGCAGCGCUACGACAUCCUGGUCUCCACACCGAACCGCGUCAGAUUCCUCCUGCAGCAGGAGCCACCGCUGCUGGACUUGUCGCACGUCGAAUGGUUCGUUCUGGACGAGGCGGAUCGUCUAAUGGAGGAGGGCCAGAACAACUUCAAGGAGCAGUUGGACGUCAUUUACGCCGCCUGCUCGCAUCCGAACAAGUGCGUGGCCUUCUUUAGUGCCACCUACACGGUGCCAGUGGCCAAAUGGGCUCUGCGUCACCUCAAGAAUCUGGUGCGCAUCACCAUUGGAGUGCAAAACAGUGCCACGGAGACGGUGCAGCAGGAACUGCUGUUCGUGGGAUCCGAGGGCGGAAAACUAGUGGCCAUGCGGGAUCUGGUGCGUCAGGGCCUCCAGCCGCCGGUCCUCGUUUUCGUGCAGAGCAAGGAGCGCGCCAAGCAGCUGUUCGAGGAGCUGCUCUACGACGGCAUCAACGUGGACGUGAUCCACGCCGAGCGGAGCCAGCAUCAGCGUGACAACUGCGUGAGAGCCUUUCGCGAGGGCAGCAUUUGGGUGCUCAUCUGUACGGAGCUGAUGGGUCGAGGCAUUGACUUCAAGGGCGUCAAUCUGGUGAUCAACUACGACUUCCCGCCCACCACCAUCUCGUACAUCCAUCGGAUAGGAAGGACUGGACGCGCAGGACGUCCAGGUCGGGCCAUAACAUUCUUCACACAGGAGGACACAGCCAACUUACGAAGCAUUGCGCUCAUAAUUAAAAACUCGGGCGGCACCGUUCCGGAGUAUAUGUUACAAAUGAAAAAGGUUCGCAAAUCGGAAGCCAAAAUGCGAGCCAAGAAACCUAUAGAUCGCGAAGACAUAUCGACCAAGAUACGCCCGGAGACGAAAGGCGACGAGAUCCAUAAAUCCGCCAAACUGAAAAAAGUUGAAAAAACGGAAAAGGUUUUGAAAAAGCAUCAAGGCAACGAAAAAGAUUUAAAGCCGAAGCAGAAGAAGGUGGGCAAAAUCAAAGAAGACCUCAAGGCUGCUGGAAAAAAGAAAGGAAAAGCAUUCAAAGGAAAAGCAACUAAGGUGUAAUUUUAAAAUAAAUGCGUAAACUUUAAGAACGUU